AUGCCUGUCAGGAAUCUUGAUGUCUAUCUCCGCGAAAGAAAGCUGAUUCAGUCGGCUCCUCUGAGCGCGCUGCAAGGCACACGACUCGGCAUCGACGUCAACUAUUAUGUUCGCACACUGCUGCAGGACCCCGAUCAACGCGAGCCCUUGAUCGCAUCGACUGGUGGCCUACCUCUCUCGCUUGCCAACCGCAUUGAGAGUGACCUUCGUCAGCUCGACAAGGCCCGCAUCAAGCCAGUCUUUGUCUUCUCCGGUCUGCCGCUUGCCCAGCGUCCGCCCCCCAAGGGUCCCAAUCCGCAGAUGGAGAGAGAGAAUGCUGUCAAGAACGAAGCCUGGGCCUACUACGAGGAUGGUCAGGUCGACCGUGCGGUUGUUGCCCUUACGCAGAUCAAGGGUGGCAUCUGGGUCGACACACAGGAUGUCGUGCGUCUCAUCCUCCGCGCGUUCAAGCACCGCCAGGUCGAGUACGUCAUUGCCCCUUACCUUUCUGCUGCCCAACUCUCCUAUCUCCUUCGCCACCCCAAGGGGUACAUUCACGCAAUCUGGUCCGACUCCGAGGCACUUCUUUGGACCGUUGACAAGGUCAUCACCUCCAUCGAGUGGUCGGGUAGCUUUACCUUCCUCGACAAGCAGCGUGUGCUCGGCGACUUUGGUUUCACGGCAGACCAGUUCCUUGACCUCUGCCUGCUCUCAGGAUGCUCCCUUCUUCGCACGCUGCCGCCCAUUUCAGAUGCCUUCUCCAUGCGUAACGCCAUCGAUCUCAUCCGCCAGUACAAGUCGGGUAUUGCAACCUGUCAGGCGUACCAGCAGAUGCCACAGAUGAAGGCUCCCGGGUACACCGAGUCGUUCAUGCGCGCUCGCCUAGCGGUCAAGUACUCUCUCGUGCUCACCACAGAAGGUACUUGCCUUCCUCUACCCCUCGUCGUCCCCCCACAAGGGGCAGUGGUCACUCCCACGGAUGUUCCCUCGGAUCUGGACGAGAUCUUCUCACCCCGCUUGCCGGACGAGCUGUACUUCCUCAUCUGCCGUGGCAUGGUCUCGUCGAGCUUGGUGGGCUGUCUUACAUCUGGCUUCAUUGAUGAGCGCCAGCCGCUUGCCGACUCGCCAGAGUACCGUCGCUUCAUCAAGGACAUUAUCACAGAGGGUGCCACUUCGCCCAAGUGCACCACCCUAGCUCUCCUCACCGCUGGCCUUCAUCCCCAGUGGUCUCAAAAGCGUGUCACUGCCCAUUAUUACUUUGACGCUCCAUACGCCCCGCCGAUGGGCACAGCUGUUCCUAUCGGUGACCCCCUGACGCAGUCGUUGGUGGAGAAGUGCGCGACAUGGAUGGUGCCCCACCAGGUGCUGAGUGACGAGCUGAGGCGACAGGGCUCGUCUACCAUUGACCUGAAGCUCUGUAUCGGAACGCUCGAGAAGGAGGAGACCAUUGCGUACACCAAGAAGGAAAAGGGUGCCAAGGUCCUGGACAAGAAGGACGAGAUCGUUGCCAACAUUAUUUGGCGCUUCAUUGACGUUCGAGGAUUCGUCAAUGCUAGCCACCACCAGACCCAGAUGGGCAAGGCCUUCCACGCCGCGUCUCUCACUUCGAGGGUCACCGAUAAACUUCAAGAACCCAUCUACAUCAUUCUCGAGCUGCUUCGCGCUGGUGUUGUCCAUGGCCACCGCUUCGGUGGACACUCCGCGCCUGUCCUCUCUGGUGGCCCUAGCUUUGGCACCGAUGAGGAGCAGAGUAACAUCCUACUCAUCAUGCGUGUCCUCUCCGCUGUGCCCCUCAACUUCCGUCCAGAGCAGUGGGCAGGUCCCUUGUCGCGUGAGCUGCUCGUCUUCAAUUCAUUCGUAAAAGCAACUACCAAGGCGCUGCGUCAGUUGUUGGAGGCAAUCAACGUGCACAUUCUUCUCGCCGGAAACGCACGACGCAACCGCGAACGUGACGACUACCUGGACAUGUGCAUCAGCCUUCCGUUCCAGUCCGACGUCAACACUGGCUUUGGCAUCCUUGCCAAGACGUAUCUGGACGCCGCUACAUUCCACUUUGGCGACACUAUUACGGAAGAAAACGCCGAUUCGGAAGCAGUUAACACUGCCAAGCAGUCAGCACUGGAAUUUGUUGACCAAGCCUUUACGGGAGUCAAGAAUCCGACGCUGGAGGUGGACAGAGGCUUCCGCUUCUGGGACGCUAUUAUGGUCGCCAUUCGCACGCUCAAUCAGGAACAGGGGCCCAACCCCUCCGUCGCAAACACGGUCAUCCAGCCCGAUGUCAUUGAGCAGUUCGAGCGGGCAGACAGGUGGUUACGCCCUAUGCGACCUUAG